AUGACAUGGCUGAACAAACCCAAUACUGUCCGUGAACCGCCGCCGCAAUCCAACAACACGCCUCAACACGCCGCCGCUUUACCAUCUAAGGACAAGGCAAUCGAUCAAGAUGUCGCCAACGAAAAGAAACAAACCUUGGCCACGACUCCCAAUAUGACCCCCCUACCACCAAAUGUCGAACUCCGCCCCUGCACCAAAGACGACAUCCCCCACCUAAAACGCCUCAUCAGCCUGCUCCUCCCAAUCCCCUACUCAGACAAAUUCUUCCGAGAAAUCAUCGAGGACCCCUUGAUAAACAACAUAACCCUCCUAGCACUCUGGCACGACGACGUCUCCCUGAAAGCCGCACAAAAAUGCCGCCUGGUCGGCGCAAUCAGAUGCAGACUUCUCGCCCACCCUCCCUCACCAUCGCAAACCGACGGACCGAUGCUCUACCUCAGCACGCUGGCAUUACUCUCCCCCUACCGCGGACAUGGAAUCGCGGCACAUCUCCUGCAUACGCUGACGAGGCGUGCGAUUGAGGAUUAUGGGAUCUCGAGCGUCGGGGCGCAUGUGUGGGAGGCGAAUGAACUGGGGUUGGAGUGGUAUCGGAAACGGGGGUUCAGGGAGGUGGGGAGGGAGGAGGGGUAUUAUCGAAGGUUGGAGCCGAAGGGGGCGGUUGUUAUGCAGAGGGAUGUGAGUGUGAUGGAUUUGUUGGGGAAGGGAUGA